AUGGCUGAAGUGACCUAUGCAGAUCUGAAGUUCAUGACAGUGGAGCGGCCCAGGAACCAGGAGCCCCAUGAAGCCAAAGCAAAAGAAUCUCCCACUCCAUCUCCUUAUUGGCGACUUGCAGCAGUGAUUCUUGGGAUCUUCUGCUUCGGUUUGCUGGUAACAGCUGGGGUCCUGAGUGUGAAGUUCAUUCAGGUUUCCCAUCUAGUGAGUGAAUGGCAUGAAAACCUUACCCAGAAAAGGGAAAUUCUGGGAAACCUCACCCAGCAGCUGGAGUUUCUCCAAGCGCAGAACCUAAACCUUUCGGAGACUGUGCAACAACUGGCAAACUACAGAGGACAUAGAUGCAGCCCUUGCCCUGAGAACUGGCUACAGCAUGGAGAGGACUGUUACUUCCUUUCUACCAAAUGGAAAACUUGGCAAGAAAGCAAAGCUCUUUGCUCUUCCCUGGAUUCCAGAUUUCUUAAGAUAGAGAGUAAGGAAGAGCUGGGUUUCAUAAUAAGAUCAGCACAGUCUUAUAGUUCCUAUUCUUUCUGGAUUGCCUUAUCCCGCAAAGGAGCUGAUGGGUCCUGGUUAUGGGAGGAUGGCAGAGCUUUCUCCACUGACCUGUUUCGGAUCCCAGAAGCCAGUUCCAGUCUUUACCCGAUCUGUGUGUCAAUUCAAGGUGCAAAUGUUAACGCUGUGGAGUGUGGGUCAUACAAGUUCUGCAUUUGUGAGAAAGUGGCUAAUUCAGUGGGGACUGCCUGACUGGGCUAAUCAGACAGACGUGGAGUGCAGAUCUCCAGAGAAAGACACAUCCUGAGAUGCUUCUAUAUGGAGUCGUCUCUGCCCCUGGGGUUUGUGACACAGAAAAGACAGGUGCGCAGUUCGAACUCACUUGUCAAGGUUAAUUUUAGGGAUCACCAAAGUUGUACUUUAUUGUCUUCUGGCACACACUAGCUAGUCCUUUAGAUUCACCCUUGAGCCUUCCUCCAGCAGCUCCUUUCCAGCUCUUCUUCACUCAACAGUACUCAACUCACACUCUCCUGUUUCUCACUGAGUCCCACCAGAGUCUAGUCUCA